UGGUGUGCUGGGGCAAUUCAGCGCGAUAAUCUGAAAAACGCAAAGUUGCCCUAAGUCUUAUUCUGCAAAUGCUGAUAAGCGAGCUAGAAAGUUCGUUUUAUAACUCAACAAGCUUUCCUUUCUGCAUAGAUUGCAGUUGCAAGCUAAUAAGAAGUACUCGUCGAUUAAACAAAUCCGGUGUGCUGCUGCAGUUAUUGCAAAGCAAAUUUUUUGAAGCGAAUUAAACCGUGGCCUUCCAGUUUCUAGUUAUAAAUAAUUAGUAGCGCUUAGUUUGAAAAUGACUUUCCUGGUUUAUGGGGCAGACGGAUGGAUCGGAAAAGCAGUAGUGAAUGUGUUACUCGCUAGUGGAGAUACGGUCCUGAAAGGUCGACGGGUGAUCACAAUUGACGACGUCCUUAAGGAUUUGGAAAAGCAUCAACCCGACUUCGUGAUCUGCAGCUUGGGACGAAUAGGAACCCCAGCUCUCCCAACGGCGGACUAUUUGGAACAGAAAGGGAAGUUGUUGGAAAAUAUAACCUGCAAUAUGUCAGCACCAUUAUUUAUUGCUCAGGCUACCCAACUGCAAGGAAGUAUUCCGAUGUUGUAUAUUGGAACAGGCUGCAUUUUCGAAUACGAUGACGACCAUCCGAUUGGCUCCGUUGGAUUUGCGGAAAACGAAGCUCCGAACUUUUUCGCUGCUUCCUACUCCUUGGUAAAGAGCCAAACUGAUCAGAUAAUGAAAAACUUCCCCCAUGUUAUGACCGCUAGAAUUCGUUUACCAGUUGUAUUAGACGCACACCCCCGCGACUUGGUAACAAAGUUGCUUACGUACAAAAAAAUUCAUUCCGUUCCAAAUUCUGUUACUGUUCUCCCCGAUAUAUUGCCAGUGCUUAUUGGUAGCUUAAUUACGGGAAAACGUGGGGUUAUAAAUGCAGUUAACCCCGGUGUUGUGGACCAUGCUACCAUCAUACGCAUUUUUGAGGCACAGACUGGAAAAAAACACGAACAUGAGCUUGUGACAAGUGAUCAGCUGAAAACGGUGCUUCUUGCUGGCCGAUCCAAUACAGCAUUGAAGACCGAUCUGAUAACUGAAUGGAUCCGUGAUAUGCCAGCAAUGAUUCGAAAAAAGUACGCCAUCAGCGAUAAAUUGUUGGAUAUAAAAGAGCGGAUAACCGACAUAAUAACCACAAGAGCGAAAUUCAACGUUACACCAGAUCGUGAACGAAGAUUUUAGU